GACGUUUCUCUACCCGCAACAGCGCAGAACAUCAACAAACGUAAAGUAGAACCAUGGCCAACCGCACGGUCAAGGACGCCCGGAACGUGCACGGCACGAACCCGCAGUACCUGAUCGAGAAGAUCAUCCGGUCGCGCAUCUACGACAGCAAGUACUGGAAGGAGCAAUGCUUCGCGCUGACAGCAGAAUUGCUUGUGGACAAGGCGAUGGACAUUCGGUUCGUGGGCGGCGUCUACGGGGGGAACAUUAAGCCGACGCCGUUCCUGUGCCUGACGCUGAAGAUGCUGCAGAUUCAGCCGGAGAAGGACAUCGUGGUGGAAUUUAUUAAGAACGAGGAGUUUAAGUAUGUGCGGGCGCUGGGGGCGUUUUAUCUGCGGUUGACGGGAUCGUCGCAGGAUUGCUACAAAUAUCUGGAGCCGUUGUAUAACGAUAAUCGGAAGUUGAGGCGGCAGAACCGGAUGGGUCAUUACGAGUUGGUACAUAUGGACGAGUUCAUAGAUGAGCUGCUGCGGGAAGAGCGCGGAUGCGACAUUAUUUUGCCCCGCAUCCAGAAACGACACGUGCUAGAGGAGAACAACGAGCUGGAUCCGAAGGUGUCCGCGCUGGAUGACGAUUUGGAUGAAGAGGAUGAGGAAAUGCCGAGCGAUGACGAUGCAAACUUGGAGGAGAUGGCGGAAGCGCUGAAGGCGAAGGAAAGGGAGAAAAAGCUGGAGACGAUCAAGAUCCGGGACAGCAAGAGGGAAUCGUCGCGGGAGCGGCAGGCGGACAAGUCGAAGGAGUACAAGGAUCGCGGCAGCGGGGGAGGGGACCGCUACCGGGACUACGACAGGGGGCGCGGCGACAGGGAGCGAGAUUACGAGAGACGAGAACCACCGUCCGACUAUCGCCACAAAGAGAGAGGGGAUGGGCGCGACAAGGACCGGGAUCGCCAGCGGCGCAGUGACCGUGACGAGCGAGAUCGACGCCCCGCGGAAAGAGAUCGCGAGAAGGACUACGAUCGACGAGAACCUCCGUCCGACUAUCACUACAAAGAUCGCGAGGGUCGCGAAAAGGACCGGGACCGACAGCGUCGCGGUGAUCGCGAUCGAGACUACGAAAGACGACACAGCGGGAGAGAUCGGGAGCGAUUUUAGGUGCGUGUUUGUGCGAAUAAAAAUAAAAGUCUUUUCAACCAAA